UGUUUUGUGGUGUUUAUUUUUCCUUUCAUCAAAAAUAUCAAAUUUCACUAAAAUUUCUGGUGAAUAUAUUUCGUUAUUGUUCUAUAAAACUGGUUAAACCCUUGAUUCUUAUAUUAUCUUCCAACACUCUGUCAUCGAGCUAUAUUUGCUUUCGUUUUCCGCUUUACUUUCCUAGUCAAGGAGCAAAACCUUUUGCUUUCGUAUUGUUGCAAUUGUGCUGGUGUUUUUUUUUUUUUUCUUUAAACAAUUUUAUUUCUAUUUCUUAAUCAUGCUUUCUUGAACAAGUUUUAAUAUCCUUGUUAGAAGUGAUCAAGUUAUUAAAAUGAUAAUUGAAUAUUUUAUUUUACAUUAAAACAGUUCAAAUAGUUGCUAUCUGGGUAAUAGGAUUAGGGAGGCCCCUGGCAGAUGCAAAGAGGAUGAGGGAAAGAAAGUUGUUUGAGUUUGGUCUGAGUUGAACCGUGUCUGUUCAUAUUAAGAACUGCGACAAUGGUAUUGAUAAGCGGCAAUAACAAAAGUAUUUUACAACACCCAAAUGAUGCGAGGUCAAAGGCAUCGGGUGUAACGGUGUUUCACAAUCCCCAUCAUCAACAAGGAAGCAAGAACAUUGAAACCAGGCCAUCCCACAACGUGGUCAGCUCAAACUUGACCAAAGGAAUGACAGCAUUAGAUGAAUUCAAGUAUGGUUUUCCGUCGGAAGGCCUUUCGACUACUUCAAACAAAUGGUGGGGAAGCAGUGGUCCUGAUGAUUCUGUUGGCAAGAAGGCAGAUGGACCUGAUGUCGGCAAGCAUGGGAAGGAUCGAAUCGAGGGGACGGAAAAGGAAGAAGCCGAUACAGAGAUGUCUGAAGCAGGAAAAGAAGCCAUGAAAACUCCUGAAGGAGCUGCUUUAUUGGCAGACAUAAGGAAAAGAGCUGUGGAAGAAGGCCGAGAAACACUUAGACUAGGUGUUUUUCGAGGCUGUGGUGUGAAAAAGAUUGGAAAAAGAGAGAAAAUUAUGCUUCUCCAAAUAUUCAGUUCUUCAUUGCCAAGUUCAUGGAUACAUGAUUCAUCAUAAGUUAGGGUGAGUCUGCAACUGUAAAAACUCAACUUGGAAUCAUUCCAAUCCAAAUCUGAGAGUUCCUCCUUGCUUCUGCCUUCUAAAUGCCAUAACCAUCCUAAUUCGACUUUGUUAUGGUUAAAAUCAAUGGAUAAGUCGGAUUACUAUAUCCACGUAAUGUGAGUGAAGGGUUUAUUGUAAUGCUACUUAGAUGUUUGCUUUAUUAU